CUCCACUCGUCCUUUUUUUUUUCGUUGUUUGAAACAAAACCCAAAUGCAAGACCCCAACGCGGACACGGAAUGGAACGACGCGCUGCGGCGCCACGGCAUCCUGCCCGAGAAGGAAAAGUCCAAGGACGAGCAAGAGAUGACUGAGGAGGACUUUAUUGCCAUGGUCGAGCAGUCGAUCGCCGAGAAGGCCUCUGGCAAGAAGGACUUGAGCAAGGCAACCCUCGACGAGCUGGACGAGCUCGAAGACGACGAGGACGAGGCCGUCAUCCUCGCCUACCGAAACCAGCGCAUCAACGAGCUCCGCGCUGCUGCAUCACGGGCAAAGUUUGGCGAUCUGCUCCACAUUGGCUCGCACGAGUUUGUCGACCAGGUCAACAAGGCCGGCAAGGACGUCUGGGUCGUCUUGCACUUGUACAAGGACAGUGUCCAGCAAUGCGUCUUGGUGAACAACCAUCUGCGCACCCUUGCCAAAAAGUUCCCCCAGACAAAGUUUGUCAAGAGCAUCUCGACCGACUGCAUCAAGAAUUACCCGGACGCCAACCUGCCGACCUUCCUCGUCUAUCGCAACGGCGACAUGGUCAAGCAAGUUGUUGGCAUCACUCCUUUCGGUGGCAACACUACUACUCCGAACGACCUCGAGUGGGCAUUCAAGCAAAUCGGUGCAGUUGAAAGCCAACUCGUUGAAAACCCCCGUGCCAAGCACGCCGUCAAGGAUGUCCUCACUUCCAAGAUCCGCGGCGGUGGCGGCUAUGGCUCUGACGACGACGAAUAGCCAAACAAACGCAUGCAAAAGCGCUUGAUGUUACUGUAUUGCUCCAUCAUUAAAUGCCUUUCCAGG